AUGUCUGAGCAAAAUUCUCCAACAGAGGAGCAGGCAUCUGGAAACUGCCUGGGAAUUACAGGAGAUGCCAAGUUCAAUAUGAGCCAGCAGUGUGUGGUUCUCUGCAAAAAAGGUGGAAGAGCAGCUGUGUUAUGUGGAGGCAGACAGACUGAUGGACACUUUUACCCUGCCCUUCCUGGUCCUGGCAUCUGUGGCAGUAAUGGCUGCAGUGAGACAAAUCUUGGAUGCCAACAAACAGAUUGCAUCCACAAUAAUCUUGUUAGUGCUACAACCAGGUGUAAUCACAGCACUAAUUUUGCUGUUCUGAUGGCAUUUCAUUUAAAAUAUAAAUAUGAAAAGCUUUUGGAUUAUAUUUCUUAUAUUGGUGUUGGAUUGUCCAUGGCUGGUCUGGUUAUUAUCAUUUUGUUUCAAAUACUCACUAGGAAAACUCAAAACUUAUCUGUAAAGUGGAUGUUAGUGAGUCUCUGCUUUUCUAUGCUCAUUUUUAACAUCAUCUUCAUCUCUGGAAUUGAAAACCAAACUUUCAGAAAGUGCAGCACCGAUACCACCAGAUGCUACCAGCAAUACCUUCCUUAUGAUGCCACCAGCAACCUUACCCCUGACACAGUGGAUACUCCCACAGACUGCUGGUGCAGAGUUGUGGCUGUCCUGCUGCUGUUCUUGUUGGCAGCAUUCCUGUGGUCAGCACUCAGCUCUGCACUGCUGUGCUUAUUGCUGCUCAGAGCCACAAAGCCUGGAUGUUUCCUCGUAACCAUGUCAUUAAUCAAAUGGGGAAUCCCUGCCAUAGUUGUUGCAAUAACACCAGCUACUGACAGAGAAGGAAAAGCUCUAAACUACCAACAGGAAGAAUUUUAA